AAUAGAGGAAUCGCGCGCCCGAUAUCGCCUUGAAUACAAGUGCUCAGAUCGUCGUCUUCCUGAUCCCAUGGCACCAUCGCUUCAGGGCCCAUGCCAACGCGAACCAGCUUGACUCGCCCUUCACUUCGCAUCACCAAAUCUUCAUUCGGCCACCUUAAAACGCCCGGCGUAUUCAUCCCAACGCCAAGUUCUAAAAUCACCACAUUCUUCUUUUCUCUUAGGACCCGAGACUUCCAUGCUUUCCAUUUAGCUUCGCCUUUUUGGAAAGGCGCUUGAUUGAACCAUGAACCCGCUCGGACGCAGAUACUCAUUUUCGAACCGCAGAACCUGCACAACGGAAUCUUGCUCGAGUCUAACAGCUUUUGCGUCUUGUCAAUGUAAGGCAUUGCAUCAGCUACAAGAGGAGCAGAUGGCACGACAGCGUCAACUCUGCAGUUAUUCAGACACUGCAAAUAGCCAUACGAGCCCUGCGGCGUGGAAAGUUGCUCUUUCGGCCAGCCAUUUGCAAGAAACAGCCCAUCGGCAUUUGACGUCCGCACAAACGCGUCUUGCCCAAAACUCUUCAGCCAUGGGAUCAGAGCCUGAAAUACCCCCAGCGAUGCUCCUCGGAAGGCCAGCCGUUAAAGCCAAAGACACUGUAUAAUGACGUCAAACCAAGCUUGAGACAGCCCGGGAAGUUCUUCUUGAAGAGGUCCCGAGAAUGGUAGUCCAAGCCUUCCGCAGCUGAUAGACCUGCGCCGGCUGUGACGAGGACAGUGUCUGCUGAAGCGAGCCAGUGUCGCGCCAAGCUGAGAGAAUUCUGUGGCAGGCUCUUGGUAAGUGAGAGCGGUUUUGUCGGCGAAGUCCCAAGAAGUUUUGAGUAAAUCUCAGUGUCUGAUUCGGUGAAUGUGUUGAAGAUAACGUCUGUAAUCGUCGUUGACGGAUGCUUCUGAAGCCAGGAUGUGACGGUUGACACUGCAAUCUCAGCUGCCUCAUCUGCCGGAAAUGCAAACAAACCGGUCGAGAUGCAGCACAGAGCGACUGACUUGCUACCAUCCUCCUCAGAUGGCAAAAGUUCUAAAGCUUCAAGAAUCGACUCAUAGCACUUCGCCAGUUGCCUCCUCUCAGUUUCACUAGGUGAAGCACCUCUCUUGAGCUGCGGUCCAACGGUAUGCAUCACUGAAGAAGCGAAGAGCGCAUGACCUCCAGUGACAAGUACAUCUCCAGGCUCAAGCUCCUUUCCUCUGACUUGCAUCCGCUGAAAGCACUCUUCACGUAGUCGUGGUCCUGCCUCAGCAUGGAUGAUGUUGUCGAUACAUCGGUGAGUUGGUUGAAAGCAUCCCAGGCCCUGGCUGUUGGCGGCGUUAGUGAUAGCUGUGACACCCGUCAAGGUCGAGAUGUCGCCUCUCCAGAGAUGAAUCCUAGUUGCCCCAUGGCCACCAUGUUCGAUCAAGCGCGACGGCGAGAGUGAGGAGACUGGAGUAAGUAUCUUGUGCUGAUGAAGCUGUGCGAGGAUGGUGUCGAUGUCUUGAAGGAGGUCUUCGGGUAGGAGUGGCAAAGGCGGUCGCACGCAUAGACAUUCCCGAAGCAGAGCUAUCUUUGAUGCUGUUUCGAGAUGGCUUAAGUGACUUUUGUAAUGCUGCAAGUUCUCAUCGUUUGCAAAAAAACAUGAUCCAUUCUCUGUAACAUCAUCUAUGAGACGUGUAAGAGUUGUGUCCAAGACAGAGGCGGUUCCUGUGCGGGUUGUUCUCAUGAUGAUCUUGUUUGACGGCGGCUGGUUUACACUUCUGUUAGAUGCAAGUGGGGAAUAAUUGGGUAUCUGGCCGUUUAUAUAGUGUGAUAACCAUAUGACGGUAAAGGAAUAAUCAGCAUUGACAAAUUUGAUCGUUUGACGAGGUUUGCUUUAUCCCACUCGGGUAAUGUGGGAUACCCGAGUGGGAUAGACUGUGUUGAGAGGUGAGACCGAGCCCCCUACCCUAUUCGCACCACUGGGAGGGAUGAGAAAAGGCCCUUUGACCGCAAAUAGGCUUGCUGAGAAAUAUCUAGCCUAAACUAUGACCAUAGUGAUCUCGAAUUCCCUGAUGAAAUCGUCCAAUGAUCACUGGGCAUGCUCCGUCUUCAAGAGCGUCGAGUCAAUAUUCCCUGAAAAGACAGGACAACAGCUUCUCUUUUUUAAAGCAUCACCUUGUCUGCUAAACUGGCGUCCUCUGGAUGAUGCAUAGCUAGACCAUAAGUCACUCACCACAGUCCGCUAAUUCGUAUCUGUCUUUUAAUAACGCAUAUAAUCUUCGUGGAAGAGCAUCGCGUGUAAGAGUUUGAUUCGUUGGCCGUUGGCCUUGACUCGACGCUCGAUCAAGUAUCGCAGGCGUUGUGAGUCAUGGAUGGCUGCGCCCAUUCUGCUCGAUUGAUGUUCGGAGAGGCGACAAGACAUGAAUAUUAAGGAAAAAGUCUCAGGGAAAGGCAGUUAAUAAAGUACCUGGACAGUCCAGUAUAAAAGCCUCCUCGGAGGGUUUCUACUUUUCAGUCCAGAACAGGGAACUUAGCGGGGGCUAUGCUUAUUGUGGACUGACAUUUGAGAGCGGUGCAACCUUGUUAGCUACCAUCUUAACCCCUCCAGGUUAAGUGUCAUUGUCCGGCUCGGAAUGAUGAGUUAACGGGUAGUUGCUCCUCCGAUUUCCAAGCAUGGUUGGUGUGUUACUGCUAUGUAUUUAAACCGAAAGCGAUAAUCCAGCCGAAAUAUAUAAAUCUGCAAACCCGUCACAAUAUACCAAUGGUGCCAUCUCAAACUCCUGCUUCAACUAUUCGAUCCGCCGCCAUGUCAUCUCCUCCCAAGGUCGCACCCACCGAGCACUUUAACAAGGUUGCAGAAAAGUACGAGGCCAUUACUGGUGGAGCUACCCGCGAACUCGCACAUCAUGCCAUCUCCUCCAUCGCGGCCCUGAAGCCGCUGACGUCCGAGUCCAAGAUUCUCGACAACGCUUGCGGCACUGGCAUCGUCACUGAUAUCAUCCUCAAGUCCGGGAUACAGCCUGAGAUUCACGCCGUCGAUGUCGCGGAGAACAUGAUCAACAUCGCUAGGAAUCGGUUCUCCUCGCAUCCGAGCGUCCACACGGCCGUUAUGAGCGGCGAGGAACUCGCUUUUCCUGACGAUGCCUUCACCCACUCUAUUACGAAUCUCGGUCUCAUGUACUUUACCGACGCGGGCAAAGGUGCCAGAGAGAUAGCCCGUACACUUAAGCCUGAUGGAGUGGCCGUCGUCACCGGAUGGACUGUGAUGAGACAAUUCGAGAUUAUUCAGGAGGUCCAGGCGCAGAUCCGCCCGGACGAUACGCCAUUCAAACCGCCAGUUCCAGAUAUCUGGCUCAACCCUGAGCAUACCAAAGCCGUGCUAUCAAGUGCCGGACUCGACGUGACCAGCACUCCCAUUGACGUGCAUCUGGGCGGCGAGACGGCCGACGAAGUCGCUGAUCUUCUAUUUCAUGGCUUCGGUUCGAAUGUAUUUCCUUCAUGGAGCGUGGAGGAACAGGAGAAGGGCGCUGAGAUAAUGAGGAAGAUUGUGCGGGAGCGGGUCGUUCCGUUCACUAGACCCUCAGGGCCUGGUGUCGGUAUCAAGGCAUCAGGAACUAUCUUUGUUGCGCGUAAGGGAUCUGGCCAUGUGCCAGCUUCAUAAGUCUAUCCCUAAUUAGAACUGUUUCUACCUAAGAUCACUACAACUUGAAUUAAAAGUUCGUGCAACAUAUCACAAACCUGGCCGGUAUCUGUAUCAAUAUGCAAUGCCCAGCGACCCAACUAGGCUUCAGAAGAUAUGAUCUCUGCUUGACGCAGGUUUCAUGGUCAAUCCAACAGACCCGGAAACUCCUCGUUAAUCCUAAUCCCUAACCGUCACCCAAACCCUCUCAUUCCUCGUCCGCCAUGGUCAAACCUCCAGACAUUGUGCCAUAGCUUCUCUCCUUCUGUUCAGGUUUAUUAGGAGAUGAGACAUACGCCAGGGCCAGAAUGCUUGCACGAAGCUGAUAUGAAAACAAAUCUUACAACGGCUGUCUAUUUCACUUGAGUAGAAAUGGUAACAUGGGAACAGACCAACAAAAUACACUCAGUGCGCUAGCCAACCUGAUGAGUAAGAAAUUAACUGACAUUCUGAUCUCGUUGGAUAUUCAGGUAUGGGUGGGGGGGGUUUAUUAUUAAAUUUAGACUGUACUUCAGACACGUAGAAAGCCCAAACAAGCAAAAUAACAAUUAUGCCACUUUAUACAAAGCUACAAUACACUAUACUCAAUCUACUUAAGUC